AUGGCUUGCGUUCAGUCUGUACAUGGCGUCUAUCUCAUACGAUUUUUACUGGGCUUAGCUGAGGCAGGCUUUUAUCCUGGAAUUAUAUUUCUGAUUGGUACAUGGUACACAAAAAGAGAGUUGGGCAAACGAUUGGCUUUGGUAACCAUAUGCGGAUCAUUCGGGAGUGGUCUAAGUGGCGUUGUACAAGCCGUCAUGUUGAAAACGCUUGAUGGUACAUUUGGCAUUAGCGGAUGGCGAUGGAUGUUUAUGUUUGAUGCCAGUGUCACAUUACUCUUAGCUGUGUUGGGGUAUCACUAUUUGCCAGACUAUCCUCAUAAUACAGCAUGGCUGAAUCAAUCCGAAAGUGAUUUGGCAGUUCAUCGAAUGGGCAUCGACAAUACAAAGGAGGGAAAAAGGGUUACUGCCAGCAAACGAAUCGAAAAGAUCAAGUCUCUGCUCAAGAACAAAUAUUUAUAUCCAUUUGUCAUCAGCUGGGCAUCGAUACACCUCUCGUUGGGAGCAGCCCAUGUUCUUGGUAUUGUGGCUAAAAAAAUUGGAUUUGACGCGGUUGCUGCAAACUUGCUGACUACGCCGGAUACUAUCAUCACCAUGAUAUUCGGCCUACUGAAUGGUUUUAUGAGCGAUCGGUACAACACGCGUGUUUGGUGUAUUGUCAUCCCAGCAACGUUUGGGUUGAUUGGCAUGUGUUCACUUGCAGCCUUUGUGCAGCCAUUUUGGAUCUUAUACGUAGCCUUUUUAGUGAUGCAUGCUGGUCUAGGAUCACUAACUUCAACUAUCAUGACGUGGGCCAGCGAAACCAUCUCUACCAAUAGUGAGGUCAGAGCAAUGGCCAUUGCGAUAAUGAAUACAUCUUCCUCCUUGAUGUACACUUGGUCACCCUUGGUCUUAUGGCCAGUGACUGAUGCGCCCUAUUAUCACAAGGGAUUUACAGUAGCUAGCCUCCUUAUCAUUUUGUUUAUCUGUAGUAUGCUUUCCGUCCACUACAUGCAAAAGAAGGAUGGCUUACAGAAAAGAGCCAACUCGAAUGAUUUCUCAGAUCAACAGGAGAUGAUAGCGCCGCUACUACACGAAACACAAGCAGAGUACAACGACGAGGAGCAAUCAAAUGGAUUGCUGAGUGCUAAUGAUGCUGAUACCAACAAGAUUCUGAAAAAAUAG